AUGGCUGCGGUAGCAGCCCACGCUGGUGUCACCAAUCCAUCGAAUCCUACGUGCGUCAAGAAUUUGGAAGAACGUAUCAAAUUGGACCAGCUGAAAGAAGCUCUCACCGAAAUCUUUUCUGAAUACGGCAAUGUCAUCGAACUCGUCGCCAAGACGAACCUCAAAGCCAAAGGCCAGGCUUUCGUAGUCUUUGACGAGACCGAAGCUGCCGAGCGGGCGAUCAAGGAGGUCCAAGGGUUCGAGUUGUUUGAUAAGCCUAUGUUGCUGGACUAUGCGAGAACAAAGAGCGAUGCUACGGUGCAAAGAGAGGGACCCCCAGAAGCCUUCGAGGCACAUAGGCGCCGGAGGCUGGCUGAAAAAGAGAGAAAGCAAGCGUACGAGUCUGCGGAAGCCCAGAAGAAAUUGAAGCGUCCAGCAGCUGGUGCUCCUCCAGAAGCUGGCACUGCUCGGCCGGUCAAAGCUUCUCGCGGAGCUGGUCUCAAAUCUUCGAAUCCAGCAGCAGGCGCAGUCAUACCAGAAGAGUACCUACCACCCAACAAGAUUCUGUUCGUGCAGAAUCUACCAGAGGACUAUGGCGUGGACGGACUCACUGCAAUAUUUGGCAGGUUCGAAGGAUUUAGGGAAGUGCGACUGGUGCCUGGGAGGAGAGGCAUAGCUUUCGUUGAAUACGAAGCUGAAGCAGGUGCUAUUAGUGCGAAGGAGAAUACUGCCGGGAUGGCUCUGGGCGAGGAAGGCAAAGUGGUAAAGGUUGUGUAUCAACGCCAGUGA